GCGGGGCUGAGGAGCGCAGCAGCCUGGCAACCGUGGUGGCGCUCGGAGCCUGAGACUUUCCAGUAUGGCUGCUGCAUCAACUUCCAAGUAUAAUUCACACUCCUUGGAGAAUGAAUCUAUUAAGAGAAUGUCUCGAGAGGGAGCUAAUCAGGAUCUCAGUGAGACUGUUCCUCGACUCCCAGGAGAAAUGCUGAUUACUGACAAAGAAGUUAUUUACAUAUGUCCUUUCAAUGGCCCCAUUAAGGGAAGAGUUUACAUCACAAAUUAUCGUCUUUAUUUAAGAAGUUUGGAAAUGGAUUCUGCUCUCAUACUUGAUGUUCCUCUGGGUGUGAUCUCAAGGAUUGAAAAAAUGGGAGGCGCGUCAAGUAGAGGAGAAAAUGCCUAUGGUCUAGAUAUUACUUGUAAAGAUUUGAGAAACCUAAGGUUUGCACUGAAACAAGAAGGCCACAGCAGAAGAGAUAUGUUUGAGACCCUCACGAAAUACGCCUUCCCUCUGGCCCAUAGUCUGCCAUUAUUUGCAUUUCUAAAUGAAGAGAAGUUUAAUGAAGAGGGAUGGGCCGUGUAUAACCCAGUUGAAGAAUAUAGAAGGCAGGGUUUGCCCAAUCACCACUGGAGAAUAACUUUUAUUAAUAAGUGCUAUGAACUCUGUGACACUUACCCUGCUCUUCUGGUGGUUCCCUACCGCACCUCUGAUGACGACCUCAGGAGAGUUGCAACAUUUAGAUCCCGAAACCGCAUUCCUGUGCUGUCAUGGAUUCAUCCUGAAAACAAGACAGUCAUUGUGCGCUGCAGUCAGCCUCUUGUUGGCAUGAGUGGCAAGCGGAAUAAGGAUGAUGAGAAGUACCUGGAUGCAAUCAGGGAGACAAACAGACAAAUUUCCAAACUCACCAUCUAUGAUGCGAGACCCAGCGUGAAUGCAGUGGCCAACAAGGCAACAGGAGGAGGCUAUGAAAGUGAUGACGCAUAUCAUAAUGCCGAACUUUCUUUCUUAGACAUUCAUAAUAUUCAUGUCAUGCGGGAAUCUUUAAAAAAAGUGAAAGACAUUGUUUAUCCCAAUAUAGAGGAAUCUCAUUGGUUGUCCAGUUUGGAGUCUACUCACUGGUUAGAGCAUAUCAAGCUUGUUCUGACAGGAGCCAUUCAAGUUGCCGACAAAGUUUCUUCAGGGAAGAGCUCUGUGCUUGUGCACUGCAGUGACGGAUGGGACAGGACUUCUCAACUCACAUCGCUGGCCAUGCUGAUGUUGGACAGCUUCUACAGGACUAUUGAGGGCUUCGAAAUACUGGUACAAAAAGAAUGGAUAAGUUUUGGACAUAAAUUUGCAUCAAGAAUAGGUCAUGGUGAUAAAAACCAUGCCGACGCUGACCGAUCUCCCAUUUUUCUCCAGUUUAUUGACUGUGUAUGGCAGAUGUUGAAACAGUUCCCUACGGCUUUUGAAUUUAAUGAACGAUUCUUGGUUACAAUUUUGGAUCAUCUGUAUAGUUGCCGAUUUGGUACUUUCUUAUUCAAUUGUGAGUCUGCUCGGGAAAGGCAGAAAGUUAUGGAAAGAACAGUUUCUUUAUGGUCAUUGACCAACAGCAAUAAAGAAAAAUUCAAAAACCCUUUCUAUACAAAAGAAAUCAAUCGGGUUUUAUAUCCAGUUGCUAGUAUGCGCCACCUGGAACUCUGGGUAAAUUACUACAUCAGAUGGAACCCCAGGAUCAAGCAACAGCAGCCAAAUCCAGUGGAGCAGCGUUACAUGGAGCUCCUGGCCUUGCGUGACGAUUACAUAAAGCGGCUCGAGGACCUGCAGCUGGCCAACUCUGCCAAGCUUUCUGCUGCCUCAAGUUCCCCUCCCAAUGCUUCCCAGAUGAUGUCGCACUUGCAGACACACUUCUGAGGGGACCUUUGGCACUGCCUUUGCACUCUGACUAAGACAAUAGUUGGCUUUCAUUUUGGGCCUCUGUCUAAACUAGAUUCAAACAUUUGCCUCCAUGUAGAAGUUCAACUAACAUUAUCUUACACUCUUGAAUAUGUGCCUUCUAGAAUACAUAUUACAAGAAAACCAGUGUCCAUAUGGCAAUCUGAUGAAAGGAGCCAAAAGGAGGCUCUGUAAAAUCCUGACACCUUUCAAAAGCACUUUAUGAAAGAUCAUUUUUAAUGGGAUUUACCUCUAUAGAAAUGCUUUGUAUACAGUCUGUAUUUUGUGGCUUGAGACAUUUUUAGUCAGAGAAAAAGUAGAUUUGUGAGACAAUGCUUCUUCAGACUAGGUGUACUGGUUAUUUGCAUUCUUUGAAAUGAGUUCAAAUGGGAAAGAUGGGAGUGACUGCCAAAAAUCACAGUGAGCUCAGAUUCUUCAGCAUUAUCCAAAAGCAAAGUGUUUAAGUAGUUGCCAAUGCUUACACCAUUACGAAUGGUGACUUAAGGAGAAAUAACUGGGUAAACAAGUUUUUCAUUAUUUUAAAAUAGGAAAGAUUUUUCCCAUCAUUUUCAAGAGAAACCUAUUUUUCUAGGAUGGAGCCCAGUUAAAUAUGGUUUUGUAUUUUUCUUAACUGUCAAUUCUACUUUCUAAAUUCUUUCAGGAGCUUGUGGAAAAUUUAGAGCCAUUUUUCUUUCAGAGUACAGCAAGCCCUAUCUGGAGCACUGGGUAAAGGUGUCGGGUACCUUCCUGAUGCUCUAGUCAAGGCAGCUCAUUCGCCCAAAUGGAGGGGGCUUGGGUGACUAGCCCUUGCUCUAGAGUAUCAUUCUUUGAAACAAAUACCCCACAUGUACAUUUGUUGAGCGUAUUCUUGAAAAUACUGUUAUGGAUCUCAGUUCCAAUAGUGUUAAAAACUGGUUCUGCACAUUUUUACUUGAAGUACUGGCAGUUUGCUUUUUCAGGUUUUUUUUCUUUUGUUUUGUAGUAUGAAAUGAAUUUUUCAAUGCACAGUUCUAUUUGAUAUCUGAACUAAUACAUUUAAGAAGUAAGUAUAUUUGUAAAAGCUAAAGCUAGCAGAGUUAAAAAAUUAAUGUGUUUUACAAUGAUUUGUAAAGGACUAUUUAUAGCUAAUAUGGUUUUGUUUUCCAAGAAUUAAGAGAAAUUAAAUAUAUCUUUGUAAGUUAUUUUAUGUCAUAGCUCAAUUGAUCUAUCAAAUAAGACAUCUCAAAUAUAGUAGUUUAAAGUAUGAGUUUUGUAAGUUAAGAAAUUUUAUUAGAUAUUCUCUUGCUUUUUGUAAACUCUUGUAAAUAUUUCAUAAAUUAACAAAACGUCACUCCAUAAGAGAAAAGCUAAUACUAAUAGCUUAAAAUUAAGAUUUUUGUGAAAUUUCAUGAAAACAUUUUCAUGGCAAUAAUGACUAAAGACCUGCUGUAAUAAAUACGUUAACUAAAACCUAACACUAUUUUCAGAGCUA